AUGGCGACAAAUAUGUUAUUGCCGAAAUUCAAAUUAUAUAAUUCUAAUGAGCAGCGAAAUGGUAAAUUAGCAAAGCUGAUAUUCCAGAUAGCGAAUGUUCCUUAUGAAAAUAUCAGUAUUGAUCGGGAAGAACAAUGGAAUGCCAUUAGAAAUGAGACACUACCUGGAACACUACCAAUACUGGAAAUUGAUGAUGUCAAGCUGAGUGGACAAACUGCCAUCUGUCGUCAUUUAGCCUGGAGAUUCGGACUGUCCGGACAAACUGCAACAACGGAUGCACUCCUCGACAUGUUUGCUGAUUUGCUCUUUGAGGCUCAGAUUUUAAUUUUCGGACCAGCGAAUGAUGAUAAUGAUAGUAAUAUUAAUGUUGUAACAGCCGAUGACAUGAAAGUUGGAAAGGUUUGCAAUCGCAUUGCAUCCAUUAUCGAGAAACAAUUGACCAACCACAAAACUACCUAUUUGAUCGGAGAAGAGAUUACAUGGGUUGACUUGAUGACUUACGUAUUUUUCAAUUCAUUGAUGGAUUAUGGGAAGGGUGUGAAUCUCGACAGAUAUCCAUCAGUGAAACGCAUGUAUGAAAGAAUCUCACAAAUUACUGAAUUUGGAAACAAUUCUUGA